CUCGUCCUUCAUUUGACUCUUCCCCAACAAUCAACGCUGCACAACAACGUGCGCAUCGAUACCCCUCUUCCUCCCCGUCUACUCAAUCACUCGAUUUCACCGAACCUCAACCAAUGGCCUCGCCUCACCGAUCACCAUCAGAAGCUACCAUGACCUUGCUUCAUCGCCCACCUAGGUCGCGCUACCCGAUCUGCAUCCACUGCUCCUCCCCCGCUUCUACACUUUACCGCCGGUACACGCCCUCGCUCGUUGUACUGGUGCGCUGCGGCAAUCCCAGAUGCGGGAGAGUUGUUGACUCGUAUGCCGACGAGGAGUGGAGACGACCACCACCGAUACGAGGUAGAGAGAAGGAGGAUCAGGGAGCGGCGGACGGAAAAGCCUGGGGUUCCCAUGGGAUCAGCUGGAUGGACGUCAUCCUAGUCAAGCCGAGGGCGUACCGUCACUUUCUGUACAAUGUGCCUUUUCUCCUACCUCCGCCUGGACAUCCGAGCAGGGAGGGGUUCGCAAUCAGCCCAGCACGAGGGGAGGACGAAGAAUUGCAAUCCGACGAGAGCGAUGACGACUGGUCAAGCUGGAAGACGGUCAUCAAGCGGUUCAUCGCCCUCAGCCUGGUGGAUGCCUAUCUGAGAUGGUUCUAUCUGUGCGCUUAUCCCAUGGCAGAUGGAGCGGGCGCCUUCAAAGCUGCUGCAGGCUCGUCACCCUGGUGGACGUUGCCUUCUCUCCUUCGUAUGGCGGGCGGGUAUUUGCGGACUCCACGACUGUCGACCUCUACUAGGCUGUCAAGCUGGCCCUGGUCUCUUCGGCCACGACCAUCCCCAUCAGGCCUGGCCGCUUCCGCCCUCGCGACAGCAGCGGCCGCCGUGGUCGAGUCUACAAGCUCCGUCACGGCGACAUCGGACGCGACGCAGGUGAUGGUGCAGGGCUACCUGAUGGUGUGGUUGGCGACGAUGGCUGAGCUGCUCGCUUUUCACGCUACCGUCACUGCUGGGUCGGCUGUUUGGGUCGGGUGGCAGCGGAUGAGAAGAAGAAGGCAGAACACUGCGGCUGUGGGAGAACAUCAGCAUACUGCUCAGCAUGAGCAUGGCCUCGCGCAAAUCCGACGAGAUGAUGACGACAAGGCAGCGGAAGACGACGAUGCAUUCUCCAUCGCCUCUUCAUCUUCUUCCGACUCCGAUAGUUGCCACAGCGCUGGUCCAUUGGAUCAUCCUCCUCCGGGCGUCGAGCUUCUCGACCUCUACCGUCCACAGCUCAUCUCAACUGCCCUUCUCCUCUCCUCGCUCUCCACGCUCCUCUUGCUCCUUAUCGUGCUUCUCUGGGAGAGCAAGCUGCCACGCUCAGGCGUCGACAAUUCAUCUCGGCACCAUCACCGACAAGACCGCGCCGACAUACUUGCUCCGCAGCCUUCGGUGCUUGGGGACCUCCUUCCCUCUUCUCUCCUCGUGUUCCCUCAGUUCGCCUCGCUUCCCCUCCCCACCCUGUCGACAGACUUCGCGGUCCGGACUCUUCUCGGAGGUCUCUCUGCAGGAGUCUGUCUUGCUGUAGUCCACCCGCGUAGCCCGUUGUUGACGACGAGCUUGCUCUUGAUUGGAUGGACAGUAGCGUCUGCUGGGGUGAGACAGAGAUGGACGCUCCUGCCGUCUGACGCAGGACCCGGUGGUGGUGGGAUGGCCGGGUGGGAGGGAUGGAGGGCGAGAGGACUCUAUUGUGAUGUGAGAUGAGGCGACGAAAUGCUCCUAUUGUCAAUCGAUUAUACAGUGAUGGUCAUGACGAAAGCGAGCCAAGCUUG